UGGAGGCAUCACCGUGAUGGGUCUUCUAGUUAAGUUUGACCCUACUCAGUCACACUGCUGAACCAGCUGACCUUGUUCUACACUUCGGCGAGGAAGUAUUUACAAAUAUGCCGUUUUAAUAACCCUCGGGUCUUCCUGGCUGAAUCACGUGGUCUGCACAGCCGAUGCGUUCAUGGAAUCUCCUAACACUAUCCUUAGCGAUCCCUUGCGUGAUGUAACAACGACGACCACACCUAGAGCGCUGUUUCCACGCAUGUACCAGACACGCUUGACCUACCAUGACGAAGAUACCUAUAAAUCAAUAAUUUGCUGGCUCUAUUUUGGGUUGGAUAUUCAUCCCAUGCUACUGCAAUGGAAACUGACUCAACGAACACUCAACCCCUGACAAAACAAACCCAUGUCCGUUUGUAUUUCACCUGGGUUUGAUAAUGCAGGGAGGCCGAAGGAUCGAUUUUCUUUGUUCGAUAUACAAAGGACAACCUCGAGCAGACGACAACUAGAGCAGACGACAACUGGAGCAGAAGCAAUUUCUCCGUAGUCAUAAAACCGACAAUACCAGCCACCAAGAUGGCCGAAUGGACACUUCCGGUAUCCUUGACCUUGGGUGUCGUUAUUCCGAUACUCAUCUACAUAACUCUGUCAGUUGUGUUUUUCCUGAAACCAAACUUAAUUCACAAAAGAAAGAAGCAUUACGGCUUUAACCAGCGACACCUGAGUCAUCGUGGAGGCGGUGGCGAGAAGCUGGAGGGGACUAUGUCCGCAUUCACCAACGCCGUCGACUGUGGCACAGACAUUCUGGAGAUGGACGUCCGGUUGACGAGCGAUGAUGUUGUUGUCGUGUUCCAUGACGAGACUCUGCAGAGGUGUUGUGGAGUCCCUGACGCCGUCAUCGACACUAGAUAUGAGGACCUGCCGCCGCUGAAGCCGCCACUCGAUCUCUACUACAGAAAAGGACACACGACGUAUGAUGAUGACACGCGGAUACUGACACUGAGGGAGGUGUUCCAGAGAUUCACUUAUGUUCCUGUCAUGAUAGAAGUGAAAGGAACUCAGGAACAGCUCGUCCGCAAGGUGUCGGAUAUGAUCACAGAGUUUGACAGAGCAGACAGGACAAUAUGGGGCAGCGAAAACAAAUCAACGUCCACUCUGAUGUAUAAGCAGACUGCGGACAUUCCUAUUUUCUUCAGUUACAAAGGGGGACUACUCAUGCUCCUAUGGUUCUACACUGGAUUACUCCCCUUUAUCAGACUGCGCGAAACCUUUCUUGUAGCCCCAAUGCCAUCUAUAGAACUAGAUCCACAAAAUGGUUUUGAUCUCCACGGAUUUGGUCGAUUUAAAGUAUGGCUUACAGACAAACUCUUCAUGCGGUCGUCUCUCUUUGGUCACCUGUCCAGGCGUGGUAUUAAUACUUUCCUGUUUGUGUUGAACAAGGACAGCGAGUACAAGCGAGCCUUCCAUCAACUGAAGACCACCGGCGUGAUAACCGACUUCCCGACCUCACUGUCGGCCUACCUCAAGUCGGCCCCACAGACGUCGUUAGAGGCAGACACACAGACAUCGGGUCCGGCUGACAGCUUGUUAAAGGCCGACAUACAUUCGGUGGAACCGGCAGACAGCUUGUUAAAGACGGGUACACAGACGUCGGAGCCGACAAAUACUUUGUGACAUGCAGACACGCCGACGUCGGGGUCGACAGAGUUGUAAAAGUCGGACAAAUGAUUCGUAAUGUGGACCAAUGUAGUACAGUCUGGACGAAUGAUCCGUAAUGUGGACCAGUGUAGUACAGUCUGGACGAAUGAUCCGUAAUGUGGACCAAUCUAGUACAGUCUGGACAAAUGAUCCGUAAUGAGGACCAGUGUAGUACAGUCUGGACGAAUGAUCCGUAAUGAGGACCAGUGUAGUACAGUCUGGACAAAUGAUCCGUAAUGAGGACCAGUGUAGUACAGUCUGGACGAAUGAUUCGUAAUGUGGACCAAUGUAGUACAGUCUGGACGAAUGAUCCGUAAUGUGGACCAGUGUAGUACAGUCUGGACGAAUGAUCCGUAAUGUGGACCAAUCUAGUACAGUCUGGACAAAUGAUCCAUCGUGUUUUAUUGCGGACAAAUCAGCAGCAGCCAUAUUUUGGAGACUUAUCAACAGCGCGAUCUGUAUGACAUCAUCAAUGUUGUAGAAACGUGCCAUAUUAUUGUACAGAUUGAUGCACUUUAUAACUGUUUUCCUAUUUGUUUUAUCGAAUGUUGAUAUUUUUAUGACCACUGCAAUUUUAUGUUGUUUUGUGACAAUAAAACUGAAAUAAUGACAUCA